CAGGCGCAGCAGGGCCGGCAAGAUGGCGUCCAGGCCAAAGCGGCGUGCGCUGGGCCAGGAGGUUCCGCAGGCGCCCAGCGAGCGGGAGGACGAGGAAGCGGAGGACGAGGAGGACGAAGAGGAUGGGGAGGACAGCGAAGAGGAGGACGAAGACAGCGACGAGGAGGACGAGAUGGUGGGAGAGGAAGUGAAUGUCGAGUUUGAAGCUUACUCAAUCUCAGAUGUCGAUUUUGAUGGUAUUAAGAAAUUACUACAGCAGCUCUUUCUCAAGGCUGCAGUGAACACGGCCCAGCUCACAGAGCUUCUCAUCCAGCAGAACCACAUUGGCAGCGUGAUCAAGCAAACAGCAGUUUCAGAGGACAGCGAUGAUGAUGGGGAUGGAGAUGAGAUUUUUGGCUUCAUUAGCCUGUUCAACCUGACGGAAAGGAAGGACACCCAGUGUGCGGAACAGAUCCAGGAGUUGCUGGUCCGCGCCUGUGAGCAGCAUUGCAGCCAGAGCCUGGCUCAGCAGCUGGAUGGGCUCUUCCAGGACUCAACCAAGCCCGUGGGCCUCCUCCUGAGCGAGCGAUUCCUGAAUGUGCCACCGCAGUUGGCGCUGCCCAUGCACCAGCAGCUACAGAAAGAGCUAGCGGAGGCGCAAAGAACCAAUAAGCCAUGUGGGAAGUGCCACUUCUUCCUCCUCAUCAGUAAGACGUUUGUGGACGCAGGCAAGGACGGUUCCAGAAGGAAGCCAGGGGGCCAAGGCAUAGAGGAACUGAGGUUCGCCAAUGCAGAAGAGGAGUUUUUCUAUGAGCGGGCGCUCCUGAAGUUCAGCUUCCCCGUGCAUGAAGAUGGUGACACGAGUCUGGGGGGCAGAUGGGCCUUUGAUGACGUGCCACUGAGGCCCCUGCGGACAGUGAUGGUGGUACCAAGCGACAGGAUGGGCGCCAUCAUGAGCACUCUGCAGGAGCACCUGGCUGUGUGAGUGGUCCAGCAUGCUGGCUGCAUUCUGAUAGGCUUGCAGCCCUCCCAACCGAGCGUGGUUGCCUGGGUGUGUGUCACAGGAUAAAAAACUUUCCCACCUUGGUUGAAAGAAUCAUGUUGGGUUAAAAUCUUUUCCAAGAAGGGGGUAAAUAAAAACCCCACCAUGUAGUAAUUUAAAGAACACAAUAAAAAUUUCUAUUUUUUAUUUUUAAA